AUGGCCGUGUUCCGGUCUGGCCUCCUGGUGCUGACAACGCCUCUGGCCUCCCUGACCCCUUGCCUGGCACCCAUCCUAACCUCAGCGGCCAAACUGGUGAAUCAAACACUCUACGUUCAUCUGCAGCCUGGCUUGAGCCUGGAAAGCCCUGCUCAACCGGGGUCCAGCCCUGUGCAGGCCACAUACGAGGUCGUCGAUCUCAUAACCCACCUCUAUGCAGGCGCCGAUGUCCAUAGGAACCUGGACGUCCGAGUCCUGCUGACCAAUAUCCGAGCCAAGAAUGCCUUUCAGCCUACCCUCAGUUCAGUCCAAAAUCUGGCCCAUCCGCCAGAAAUAGUGCUCACUGACUUUCAGACCCUGGAUGGCAGCCAGUACAACCCAGCCAAACAACAGCUGGAGCGCUAUGCCACCAGUUGUUACAGCUGCAGCCCACAGCUUGUGUCAGUGCUGCUGUAUCCCGAGUAUGGAUCGAGGGAGCAGUCUGAGAAGCCCCAGGGGCUCCCCUCAUUCUCCACCAUCAAGCCAGCCUCCACAGAAGCUAGGUCUCCAAAGCAGCGUGUCGGUUGCUACAACCACGGAGCUGUGGGCGGCACAUUUGACCGCCUGCAUAAUGCCCACAAGGUCUUGCUCAGUGUUGCAUGCAUCCUGGCCCAGGAGCGGCUUGUGGUGGGAAUAGCAGACCAAGACCUGUUGAAGAGCAAGUUGCUCCCUGAGCUCCUCCAGCCUUACGCAGUACGUGUGGAGCAUCUAAGUGAGUUCCUGGCGGACAUCAAGCCCUCCUUGACUUUUGAUCUCGUCCCCCUGCUGGACCCUUAUGGGCCCGCUGGCUCUGACCCCUCCCUGGAGUUCCUGGUGGUCAGCGAGGAGACCUCUCGUGGGGGAAUGGCCGUCAACCACUUCCGCCUGGAGAACGACCUGGAGGAGCUUGUCUUGUACCAAAUCAAACUCCUGAAGGAACCAAAUCAGGAGGAGAGUGAUGAGGAUAAAGUCAGUUCCUCCAACCUCAGAAAGCAAAUGCUGGGAAGCCUGCUUCGGCCACCACAUAAAAGGCCAGAGCUUCCCCCAGAUCUCUACGUGCUUGGCUUGACGGGCAUUAGCGGUUCUGGGAAGAGCUCAAUUGCUCAGCGGCUGAAGGGCCUGGGGGCAUAUGUCAUCGACAGUGACCACCUCGGCCAUCGGGCCUAUGCCCCAGGCGGCCCUGCCUACCAGCUUGUGGUGGAUGCCUUUGGACCAGAUAUUCUCCACACAGACGGCACCAUCAACAGGAAGAUCCUGGGCAGCCGGGUGUUUGGGAACAAGAAGCAGCUGAAGAUACUCACAGACAUUAUGUGGCCAAUUAUUGCAAAGCUGGCCCAAGAGGAGAUGGACCUGGCUGUGGCUAAGGGAAAGCACGUGUGUGUGAUUGAUGCCGCCAUGCUGCUUGAAGCUGGCUGGCAGAACAUGGUGCAUGAAGUAUGGACCGUUGUCAUCCCAGAGACUGAGGCGAUACAACGCAUUGUGAAUCGUGAUGGCCUGAGUGAAGCUGCAGCAAGAAGCCGGCUGCAGAACCAGAUGACUGGACAGCAGCUUGUGGACCAGAGCCACGUGGUACUGAGCACCCUGUGGGAGCCUCAGGUCACCCAGCGCCAGGUGGAGAAAGCCUGGAACCUCCUGCAGAGUCGCAUCCCCAAGAUGCCGUCAGGCCCAUGA